AUUGAAUAUUAUUUCAAUGUCCAGUAGUUGUUUUUUGACCAAUAUACCCCUACCACUCGUUUUCCAUAGGAUGUAGCUUCCACCAUCUUCUCACACACAAUCAAUCGAUCGAAGACAGAAAGGUUCGAACAAACAAUAUGGAUAGGGUAUUCUCAGUGGACGAAAUUCCCGACCACUUAUGGUCGCCGCAGAUUCACAUCUCCGCCGGCGCCGACGACUCCUCUAACUCUAAGAUGAGCCGCAGCGCUUCCGAGUGGGCUUUCCAACGCUUCAUCCAAGAAACUUCUGCUACCUCUCCCCUUUCUUCUUCCUCCGUCGCUGACGACGUCGUAUUCGUCGAUAUUGACCCUCGAUCCAAACAAAACAACAUCGAAGCUUCGCCACUUCCCACGGACGCCGCCGUUUUGACUAAUGGACCUCCUCCGGUGGCUGUUGACUCCGAUGAAUACCGAGCUUUCCUAAAGAGUAAGCUAAAUCUCGCGUGUGCUGCGGUUGCCAUGACUAGGGGAACUUUGACUAAAUCUCAAGAUACAACCACUUUUCCUGAGAAUGGACCACAGCCGUCUAUUCCUACUCAAGUUGCAUCUCAGCCCAUUUUUGAAGUAUCCGCCCCUUCAAAUGACCCACCUAUAUUACAAGAUAAAGAUGCCAAACUACAACAACCUGGGAUUCCUUCCAUACCUCCUGUACAGAAAAAAACCAUUGUUGCAAUUAGGCCAUCGACAAGUGGAUCAUCAAGAGAACUGUCAGAUGACGACGAAGCCGAGGGAGAGACAGAUAUGAAUGACAACACAGACCCUGCUGAUGUAAAACGAGUAAGGAGGAUGCUUUCCAAUAGGGAGUCAGCAAGACGCUCAAGAAGAAGAAAGCAGGCUCAUUUAACAGAACUGGAAACACAGGUUUCUCAAUUAAGAGGUGAAAAUUCUACCUUGGUAAAGCGCCUUACUGAUGUGAACCAAAAAUACACUGAAUCAGCUGUUGACAACAGAGUACUGAAAGCUGAUGUAGAAACAUUACGAGCAAAGGUGAAGAUGGCUGAAGAGACAGUCAAAAGAAUUACUGGGUUGAACCCAAUGUUUCAUGCCAUGACUGAUAUAUCAUCAAUGGGCAUGCCAUCAUUUGAUGGGAGCCCUUCAGACACUUCGGCUGAUGCUGCUGUUCCGGUGCAAGACGAGCCGCAUCAUCACUUCUAUCAACCCGCGUCCAAUAAUUCCAUGCCCUGUCAUGAUAUGGGAGUCAACAAUGGUUUGGGUGACAUUUCUUCAAUUGAAAAUGUGCAGCAGCAGCAGAACAAUGCAGCAGUUGUAGGUGGGAGCAAGAUGGGUCAAACAGCUUCUCCCUUGCACCGGGUGGCUAGCUUGGAGCAUCUUCAGAAACGGAUUCGUGGUGGUGUGGAUUCUUGUGGACCGCCUUCUAAUGGAGAGCAGUAAUAAAAUAGCUAUAUUCAUGAAUGCUUUUGUCAAGAAGUUAAUCUUGAACGCUCAUUUGUGUUGGUUAUUAUUAUUAUAAUUAAAAGUCAUAUUCUUGUUAACUACAUUGAAAAUCAAUUUAAUGGAGCACAUGAUGCUAUAUUCAAUCAUGCA